GAGCAGAGGAAGCGAAGCGGCGUCGUAAACAUGGCUGACAGUGGAGUGACAGAUGGACCCGAAAAGAAGGGUGAAAUUGAACGAGCAAAGGUUGAAGGCAAAGAAAUGACCAAGGAGGAGAAGCAACGGCUGAGGAAAGAGAAGAAACAGCAUAAGAAAAACAAAGAGAAAAAAGAUGACAAGGCUUCACAGGAAAGUGAGAAAGAGAAGAAGUCUCUCAGUUCAGCUGCUCCAGCAUCCCAGCCUCCAACACAGAAAGCUCCUUCAGCAGUGCCUGCUUCCGCACCAGUCCCCGUACCUGCCUCAGAAUCUCCUGCCCCGGCAGACAAGCCCGCUAAGAGUAAAGCAGAGCUAAAAGCUGAGAGGCGAGCUCGACAAGAGGCUGAGAGGGCGUCUAAACAGGGCAAGAAGGGAGAGGUGGGUCAGCAGGCUACCACGGCCAAAGCCAAAGCACCACCCAAUGAGCUGCAGCCAGUGGUAAAGAGGCUCCCAGAGCACAUCCAAGUGGACAACCCAGAUGUUUUAAAGAAAUUGGCCAAGAAGUUGGAAAGACAACAGAUCCCACUCCGGUCAGACUACGGCUACAAAGUCAGUCUGUUUUCUCACCUUCACCAGUACAGCCGCAAAGCCCCUCUAACACAGCAACUCAGCAUUCCCUCCACGGUCAUUCACCCUGCUAUUGUUCGACUGGGUCUCCAGUAUUCACAGGGCAUUGUGGCAGGAUCCAACGCUCGCUCUGUAGCCCUGCUGCAUGCCUUCAAACAGGUAAUAAGGGACUAUACUACACCUCCAAAUGAGGAGCUAUCUAGAGACUUGGUCAACAAGCUGAAACCUUAUAUCAGUUUUUUAAAUCAAUGUCGCCCUCUGUCAGCCAGCAUGGGUAACGCAAUCAAAUACAUCAAGAAGGAGAUCUCCAAUAUUCCUAGUCAAUGCAAAGAAGAAGAGGCAAAGACCAAAUUGCUUAACUGUAUCGAGUGCUACAUUAAUGAGAAGAUCGUUCUUGCUGCUAAAGCUAUUGCCAAGUACUCCAUAGAGAAGAUCAGUGAUGGAGACGUCAUCCUAGUUUAUGGAUGCUCGUCACUGGUGAACCACAUCCUGUGCGAGGCCUUCGAGAAAGGCAGGAAGUUCCGCGUGAUCGUGGUGGACAGCAGGCCUCGGCUGGAGGGCAGGGAGGCCCUGAGGCGCCUGGUCCAGAGAGGUAUCAGCUGCACCUACGUCCUUAUCUCGGCUGUCUCUUACAUCCUUCCAGAGGUAUCGAAGGUGUUCCUUGGCGCUCACGCUCUGCUGGCCAACGGUUACGUCAUGUCUCGGGUGGGGACAUCACAGAUAGCUCUGGUGGCCAAAGCCUUUAACGUGCCUGUGCUGGUGUGUUGUGAGACCUACAAGUUUUGUGAGAGGGUGCAGACAGAUUCUUUCGUGUCCAAUGAACUCGAUGACCCUGAUGACCUCAUUGUGACCCGUAAAGGAACGACUCACCUGGAGGACUGGCAGCAAGUGGACUCUCUCGGCCUGCUUAACCUGGUGUAUGACGUGACGCCGCCUGACUUCGUGGACCUGGUCAUCACCGAUCUGGGAAUGAUCCCGUGCACCUCGGUCCCCGUGGUGCUGCGAGUCAAAAACGUGGACCAGUGAACGAUCUCCAUCUCACGUUAGUCUUAGCCAAGAGGCUGUUUCUCUGCGGUUUGAUGGGGGAGGGGUUUGUGUGCAUGGAUGCUUGCACACAACACAAAAUAUCGUGCUUUUAGCAUGCAAUAAAUAUAUAUCUGAAAUGGCA